AUGGCGGGGAAUGGUGGGAGCUUCGCCGGCGCGGGAAGCGGGGAGAUCAUCCAGCUGAAUGUAGGGGGCACCAGGUUCAGCACCUCAAGACAAACACUAAUGUGGAUUCCAGACUCCUUUUUUUCCAGUUUACUGAGUGGAAGAAUUUCAACACUUAAAGAUGAAACUGGUGCUAUAUUUAUUGAUCGAGAUCCAGCGGCAUUUGCACCCAUUUUAAAUUUUCUUCGUACAAAGGAGCUAGACUUACGGGGAGUGAGUAUUAAUGUUCUCAGGCAUGAAGCUGAAUUUUAUGGAAUCACUCCUUUAGUAAGAAGACUACUCUUAUGUGAAGAGCUGGAACGCUCAUCAUGUGGCAGUGUCCUUUUUCAUGGCUACCUGCCUCCACCAGGCAUUCCCUGUCGUAAAAUAAACACUACUGCUGGGCCAUGUAUUGAUGUUAGAACAGGUCAGAACUACUCUGAAGGUGAGGUUCGAGGAGGUAGUGUCCAACCUACACUUGCUGGUACUGGGGAAGGCACAGUCAGGCUAGGAUUUCCUGUGGAUCCACGAAAGGUUCUGAUAGUAGCUGGCCACCAUAAUUGGAUUGUAGCUGCAUAUGCCCAUUUUGCUGUUUGCUAUAGAAUCAAAGAAUCUUCAGGAUGGCAACAGGUUUUCACAAGUCCAUAUCUGGAUUGGACUAUCGAACGAGUAGCUCUGAAUGCCAAGGUCGUUGGAGGUCCACACGGGGACAAAGAUAAGAUGGUUGCUGUUGCCUCUGAGAGUAGCAUCAUCCUGUGGAGCAUUCAGGAUGGCGGAAGCGGGAGUGAAAUUGGAGUGUUCAGUCUUGGAGUCCCUGUAGAUGCCCUCUUCUUCAUUGGCAACCAGCUGGUGGCUACUAGUCAUACAGGGAAGGUGGGAGUAUGGAAUGCUGUGACUCAGCACUGGCAGGUUCAGGAUGUUGUCCCUAUCACCAGCUAUGAUACUGCUGGAUCUUUCCUACUGCUGGGCUGUAACAAUGGCUCUAUAUAUUACAUUGAUAUGCAGAAGUUUCCCUUGCGAAUGAAGGAUAAUGAUCUUCUGGUGACAGAACUUUAUCAUGAUCCCUCCAAUGAUGCCAUUACAGCACUCAGUGUCUACCUCACACCCAAGACAAGUGUAAGUGGUAAUUGGAUUGAGAUUGCGUAUGGCACCAGCUCCGGAGCAGUAAGAGUGAUUGUACAGCAUCCUGAAACAGUUGGGUCAGGCCCUCAACUUUUUCAGACCUUUACAGUUCAUCGAAGUCCUGUUACAAAGAUCAUGCUGUCUGAGAAACACCUUGUGUCAGUUUGUGCCGACAACAACCAUGUUCGGACAUGGACAGUGACUCGAUUCAGAGGAAUGAUUUCCACACAGCCUGGGUCUACUCCCUUAGCUUCAUUCAAAAUCUUGUCCUUGGAGGAAACAGAGAGCCAUGGUAGUUACUCUUCUGGAAAUGACAUAGGACCAUUUGGAGAGCGUGAUGAUCAACAAGUGUUCAUCCAAAAAGUUGUUCCUGUCACUAAUAAACUCUUUGUCAGGUUGUCUUCUACUGGGAAAAGAAUAUGCGAGAUCCAGGCCGUAGACUGUACCACAAUUUCUUCGUUUACUGUACGAGAAUGUGAAGGAUCCAGUAGGAUGGGCUCAAGACCACGACGUUACCUCUUUACAGGUCAUUCAAAUGGCAGUAUUCAGAUGUGGGAUUUGACCACAGCGAUGGACAUGGUUAAUAAAAGUGAAGAGAAGGAUGUAGGGGGUCCGACAGAAGAAGAGCUGCUUAAGUUGCUUGAUCAGUGUGAUCUGAGCACCUCACGCUGCGCUACUCCUAACAUCAGUCCAGCAACUUCAGUAGUUCAGCAAAGCCGUCUGCGGGACUCAAGCUCUAGCCUCCAGUUACAGCACCAUGAAACCAUCCAUGAAGCUGCUACGUAUGGCUCAGUAAGGCCAUAUAGAGAGAGUCCUUUAUUAGCAAGGGCAAGACGGACUGAGAGCUUUCACAGUUACAAGGACUUUCAGACUUUUAAUAUGAACAAUAAUAUGGUGGACAAGGCUGUCCCUGAGACUGGCAAUCUGAGUCCAGUACAAGCUGAAAUGAAGAAGACAGCAGGUGAGAGCAAUCCAACAGACAAAAAGGCAACAGUACUUGAAGUAAGAGCUACUAGAAUAUCAUCAGAUGCUGGGGCAGAGGUUCAGAAAGUGCCUGAAAGCUCUUCAGAAGUGAAGAAAAGAGGGCCAGAUGAUGAAAGUGAGAACAAAGAGAAUAAAAAGAAAAGUGGAUUUGAUGGAGGAGGGUUCCUGGGAAGAAAGAAGGUACCUCCUCUGGUGUCUUCACCAAUUAUUGUGGAAGGAGGACCUGAAUCACCUGGUACAGCGUCCCCAUCACCCACAAAGACUACCACUUCUCCACGCCACAAGAAAAGUGACUCUGCCUGCCAAGACUAUAGCUUGUGA